CGCGACGCGACACAGUACUGACAGUGUUGCAGCUGCACAGAAACUUAUACUUGCGGAGGAGACAUGGAAAGAAUAGUUCUGCCCCCCGUGGGGCCCACAGACCUGCCCAUGUCCUUGCUGGAGAUGGGCUGCUCUGGCAGGUUCGAGCUCAUCACAGACCCACUGCCAAAGAACCAGCCUUUACCUCCUCUGAGCACGCUCCCCCAUGGCCUCCCCCCCACCAGUGUGGACCUAAAGACGGAGGUAGAGAAGCGCUUCCUACGCGACCCUGCCUGGCUCCCCUUACAUGACACAGAUGCCGCCUUCCAGAAGUUUCUGAAGGUGGCCCACAGGGAGAUGGACGUGGACUCACUGCUCCUCUGCUCCUCCGCUCCCCUCCACUCUGGGCUGUCUGUGGUCAGAGACCCCACCACAGGAAUGCUCCUGGACUUCACUGAGGUGCUGCUGGAGAACACAGGUCUUUCAUCAAAGAAUUCUCUUUCUCUGCAACGGCAGCCUGGACCCCCAUCUGAAAGCUUGAGAGGAAGCAACACCAACUACCCCUUCCUUCCCGGUGGGAUGGAUGAGCUCACACUGGAGCAGAUCAAGACGAAGUCUGACCUGGAGGAGGACAUAGACUUUGAGAACAAUUUACUCACUGUGGCCCCUGGACUUAAAGCUGAUAUGGACUUCAGUGAUAAAAAUGCCAAAACUGCGAAGGCACCAGUCAACCUCUUGUCCCUCCUGUCCACCUUUGAUGACAUCAUUGACGUGCACCCAGAGGGGCAGGAGACAGGCCAGGAAGGUGGAGAUGCUCCUAAACUACCCAGAACCAACAGCCUGGAGGACCUGGGGAUCAAGGACUCUGUUUCCACCCCCACGCCAGCCGCAGCUGUCGCCACCCCGUGUCAUGAGGGGGUGUCCAAGCCAGCAGCGGCCCAGGAGGAGACCAAGAAAUGGGCCAUUCCGGUCGACAUCACCUCCCCCUGUGAAGACUUUUACAAACGCAUCCCCAACCCAGCCUUCAAGUGGCCUUUUGAGUUGGACGUGUUCCAGAAGCAGGCGGUGCUGAAGCUGGAGGCCCACGAGUCUGUGUUUGUGGCUGCUCACACAUCUGCAGGCAAAACAGUGGUGGCAGAAUAUGCCAUUGCAUUAUCCCAGAAACACAUGACCAGGACCAUCUACACCUCCCCCAUCAAGGCUCUGUCCAAUCAAAAGUUUCGGGACUUUAAGGCCACGUUCAGUGACGUGGGUCUGCUGACGGGGGAUGUUCAGCUGAGCCCUGAGGCCUCCUGCCUCAUCAUGACCACGGAGAUACUGAGGUCUAUGCUCUAUAACGGCUCUGAGGUGAUCAGAGAUCUAGAGUGGGUGAUCUUUGACGAGGUUCACUACAUUAAUGACGCUGAGAGGGGAGUGGUGUGGGAGGAAGUACUGAUCAUGUUGCCUGAACACGUCAGCCUCAUUCUCCUGAGCGCCACCGUGCCCAACGCUAUCGAGUUCAGCGAGUGGAUUGGGCGUAUUAAGAAGAAGCACAUCUAUGUGAUCAGCACAGUGAAGAGGCCAGUGCCCCUGGAACACAACCUCUACACAGGCAACAGCACCAAGACCCAGAAAGAGAUGUUUCUCCUGAUAGAUGCCACAGGCAACUUCAUCACCAAAGGAUACUAUGCUGCAGUGGAUGCCAAGAAGGAAAGAACUAGUAAACAUGCCCAGUCCUUCGGCUCGAAAAACACGUCUCAGAACACCUCAGCCAACCAAGACCGUUCAGUGUGGCUCUCCCUCCUCCACUUCCUGUCCCAGCGACAGCAGACGCCCGUGGUGGCGUUCACCUUCUCCCGGACACGCUGCGACGACAACGCACGCUCGCUGUCCUCCAUGGACCUGACCAGCUCUGUGGAGAAGGCAGAGAUCCAUUCCUUCUUCCAGAAGAGCCUGAGUCGCCUCAGGGGACUUGAUCGCCAGCUACCUCAGAUCCUGCUGAUGAGGGACCUGUUGAAGAGGGGGAUAGGCUUGCAUCACAGUGGAAUCCUGCCAAUCCUGAAGGAGGUCAUUGAGAUGCUCUUCUCUCGCGGGCUUGUAAAGGUUCUGUUUGCCACAGAGACGUUUGCCAUGGGGGUCAACAUGCCCGCCAGAACCGUGGUGUUUGACAGUAUCAGGAAACACGACGGAACUGGCUUCAGGAACCUGCUGCCUGGAGAGUACAUCCAGAUGGCAGGUCGAGCUGGCAGGAGAGGCCUGGACGCCACUGGGACCGUGAUCAUCCUGUGUAAGACCGGGGUUCACGACAUGGGAGAACUCCACUCCAUGAUGCUGGGCAAGCCCACUGUGCUGCAGUCCCAGUUCAGGCUGACCUACACCAUGAUCCUCAACCUGCUCCGAGUGGAGGCCCUCAGGGUCACCGACAUGAUGAGGCGGAGCUUCUCCGAGAGCCACCGAGACACCCAGGCCCAUGAGAAGCAGAUAGUCCAGCUCAGGCGGACCCUGGCGUCUCUUCCUCCCCUGGACAUCGAGGGGCAUCUGUCUGACCUGGUGCCUUACUACCACACAGUCACUGAGCUGCACAUCUCUGCUCAGGCCCUGCAGAAAGCCGUGAUGGAAUCUUCUAGCGGCUUGAAAGCUCUGUCUGUGGGACGAGUCAUACUGGUCAACAACAAACAGCACCUGAACGCUCUGGGAGUCAUCUUACAGGUGUCCAACGACUCCAUGAAUCGUACGUUCACGUCUCUGGUGAUCUGUGAGAAGGGCAACGAGGAGGGGGCAGGGACCGCUCCAGACACGAGCUCCACCCCUCAGCUCUACAACACCAGCCUCUUCAUACCAGACGGCCCCUGCAGUCACACAGUCCAAAAGCUCAAGCAGCAGGACAUCUCAGCCAUCACAGUGAAGACCCUGAAGGUGAUACCUGAGAGGAUCAUCGACAACUACAGCAAGAGGCAGCAGCUACGCUUCCGGCUUGAUCCUCCCGGCCAGGCCAUCUCCACGGCGACCCAGGAGCUCCUGCGGUUAGCGGAGGCUAACCCGGAGGGGCUGGCGACCCUUGACCCCGUGAAGGACCUCCACCUGAAGAGUGUGGAGGUGGUGGAGGACGUGAUGAGGCUGCGCUCGCUGCAGGACUGCCUCCGAGACUUCACGUGCAUACACUCCCCCACCUUCACAGAGCAUUUCAUCCGGGUGCAAGAGAGGAUGAAGGUGCAAGAGGAUCUGGACAAGCUCCUCUUCCUCACCUCCGACCAGUCUCUGUCUCUGCUGCCAGAGUACCACCAGAGGAUCGAGGUGCUCAAGUCCCUGGACUACGUGGACAAGGGCGGGGCGGUGCAGCUGAAGGGCCGCGUGGCGUGCCAGGUCUCCUGCCACGAGCUGCUGCUGACCGAGCUGCUGUUUGAGAACGCCCUGAGCCCCCUGGCCCCGGAGGAGAGCGCCGCCCUGCUGUCCUGCCUGGUGUUCACGCAGAAGACCCAGGUGGAGCCCCACCUCACCAGCACCCUGCAGGAGGGUAUUGCGCGCGUGCUGUCUGUGGCCCAGCGUAUCGGCGAGCUGCAGAGGAGUUUUGGGAUAGCCCAGACGGCUGAGGACUUUGUGUCCCAGUUGAAGUUUGGUUUGACCGAGGUGGUUUACUGCUGGGCCAGGGGCAUGCCGUUUGCGGAGAUCGCCCAGCUGACUGACGUCCAGGAGGGCACGGUGGUGCGCUGUAUCCAGCGCCUGGACGAGGUGCUGAAGGAGGUGCGCCAGGCGGCCCGCAUCGUAGGAGACUCAGUCUUGGGCAGCAAAAUGGAGAAGGCCUCCCUGGCCAUCCGCAGAGACAUCGUCUUCACCGCUUCACUCUACACACACUGAGGGAAAGGAGGGAUGAUAGAAAGAGGAGGGGGGGGGGGGAGUGUUGUGUGUGCGUGUGAAGGUGCCUGCUGCCAAGCAUGUUUUGGUUCUCGAUUUGGUGUGUGAGCAUGUGCCAAAGAGGUAGAAUGAAAGAGAUAGAAAGGGAGAGAGAAAGAUAGAGAGUAUGUGUGUGUGUGUGUGUUUUGCGUACAUUAUGUGUGCACGCAAGAAUAAAGACAGGGAAAGAAUAUGAACAUACUCAUUUGUUUGUGUAUGUUGUUUACAUGUGAGUUUGGGCAAUUCUCCCUUCAAUUGCCACUUGGAAUGUGACCAAAAUUGGAAUGAGAGUCAAAUGGUUUGUAAUUUACUGUACAGAAAUAAAAUCCACUGCAUUGCUUACUGUCAUACA